CACCAACGCCACCAGUCGUGGACACCGCCAACACCAACACCACCCGUCAUUACACCACCAACACCAACGCCACCAGUCGUGACACCGCCAACACCAACACCACCCGUAGUAACACCACCAACACCAACUCCUCCUACGCCUAUUCCAGAGACCUGCCCAAUCGACACGCUGAAGCUAGGCGCUUGUGUGGACGUUCUUGGAGGUUUGAUUCACAUCGGGCUUGGGAAAAGCCGCGCCAAGGAAGAGUGUUGUCCGGUUUUGGGAGGUUUACUUGACCUAGACGCAGCCGUUUGUCUAUGUACCACCAUUAAGCUCAAACUUCUCAACAUCGACCUUAUUCUCCCCAUUGCUCUUGAGCUUCUUCUCGACUGUGGAAAAACUCCACCACCUGGCUUCAAAUGUCCUGCUUAAUCAAUGUAGAACGUUGAGAGUCUCUGGACGACUCCAAAGGUUUCGUUUCUUCAAGAAUCUGUUAGCUCAUGAUCUCUUUGGUAAUGGGAGGUUGAUUUGCGUGUGUGCGACCUUUAGUUACAUGUUUCAUUUGAUACAAUAAAAGGCGUUGUAAUUUGGGUUUGAGAUCUCAUUUUCUUUGGGUUUUUUUUUUUAUGUUAUGUUGUACUUUUA